AUGGCUUCUCUUUCAUGCCGUUCCUGCUUGAAGCAGCUUCCCAAGAAUCUGACAUCUGCCCCCAAGAGACAUUUCAGUGCUAGUGUUCGUUCCAAUGCUGAAGUCAAGAAGCUCGGUGUUAUUGGUGCCGGCCAGAUGGGUCUGGGUAUUGCUCUAGUUGCUGCAUUGAGAGCCAAAGUACCUGUGACUUUGGUCGACAACUCGCAGGCUUCAAUUGAUAAGGGCCUCAAGUUUGCCGACAAGCUGUUAGCCAAGGAUGUCUCCAAGCAAAGGAUUACCCAGGAUGAUGCAGAUGCUGCAAGACAACGUUUGACCCCUGCCAAUGACAUGAGUGCUCUUUCAGAAGUCGACAUGAUCAUUGAAGCUGUACCCGAGAUCCUCGAUCUCAAAACAAAAAUCUUCUCGCAAAUGGCUAAACUGGCUCCCUCGCAUGCCGUCCUGGCUACCAACACUUCCUCCAUCAGCAUCACCAAGAUCGCUGCUGCUACCACAACCGACCCCAAAGAUCUCUCUGCCGCCUCCAGGGUCGUUUCAACCCAUUUCAUGAACCCCGUGCCUGUUCAAAAAGGUGUCGAGAUUAUCACUGGUCUUCAGACUUCCCAAGAGACUCUCACGACCGCUGUCGAAUUCUGCAAGCGCAUGGGAAAGAUCCCCUCCGUCAGCCAAGAUAGUCCUGGUUUCCUUGCCAACCGCAUUCUUAUGCCCUACAUCAACGAGGCCGUCAUCUGUUUAGAGACUGGUGUUGGUUCUAAAGAGGACAUUGAUGCUAUCAUGAAGAACGGCACCAACGUCCCCAUGGGUCCUCUGCAGCUUGCCGACUUCAUCGGUCUUGACACAUGUCUGGCCAUCAUGCGCGUCUUGCAUCAGGAGCUUGGUGACUCCAAAUACAGACCCUCCGUUCUCUUGACCAAGAUGGUCGAUGCUGGCUGGCUAGGUAAGAAGUCCGGCAAGGGCUUCUACGACUACUGA